GUGGAUUGACGGAAGCUGAGGUGACACGCUUCCGGUCCAAGAGUGGGUCGAUUCGCUUUUUGACCCUGCGAAGACACCGUAUCAUUGGGGAAUGGUUAGCAAACGAUUAGCAUAGCAUUACUGUAAGAUUUCAUUGUUGUUCACGUCAGUUUGCUACACAAUGUGGAUUCAAAGCAAACAGCACGGAGGAUGACAUCAUGGUUCGCCAAUGCCAUUUAAAAGGUGACAUCUUGCUGGUUUGAGCACAUAACCUGCACCAUGGGAAGGAGAUACUACUGUGACUACUGUGACCGGUCCUUUCAGGACAACAUGCACAACAGGAAGAAACAUUUGUUUGGUGUUCAGCAUCACAGAGCUAAAAAGGCCUGGUACGACUAUUUCAGAGACUCCUCAGCUAUUCUGUGUGAUGAGCAAUUAAAGAAACCCUGCAGGAAGUUUCUCCAAAAAGGAAUAUGUGAUUUCGGCCCUAACUGCAGGUUUUCUCACAUGUCUGAAGAAGAUAUGUUUCACCUACAAAGACAGGUGGAAGAUGAAAGACGUCUCAGAGAGGAUGCUGUAGACAGCAGGAUGCCGGGGCGCUGUGUAGAGGACUGGCUCUCCAGAAGGGAGAAGAGGCGAAGUGCCCUCGGUAACCAGGGAGAUCUAAAAGAUAAGGACGACAGUGAAGAGGUCCAAGAAGAAAGUGACAUACCUCCACAGCUCCUCUCCGUCCAUGACCUCCCGCCCUCUCUUCUUCCUCCUCCUCCCAGCGGGUGGAAAGGCAAAGUGAACUCAGAAUGGGGCUGACUGAUAUUCACUUUGUGGUUCACAUCACUGUUAAGCUGGUAUGCAACAUUGGUAGAAUUAAAUGUACAGAAUACAUAUGAGAUGUCUUUUUUAGUUUUAAAUUAGAUAUUUAAUUGAUUCAUACAUAGGAAGGUAAACCUGGAAUGACAUACAGGAGGUGCAUAAUGAAUCUCAUGAUUGACAUUUUGGCAGUCUGUUGUUGAUUGCUUCGCUAAUGUGAAGUCGAGUGCCUUUACCAUGAGACUCCCCUAAGGAGUUACAUUUGAUGUCAUGAAGAAUGGAGCAUUGCUGAGCAGAUGGAAAUUAUUUUUUUGUUAAAUUCUAAUCCUCUGCUACGUCACCGGGGGAAUCAAUGAUCUGUCUGAUUUUAAUUUAUAACCCAGCCAGCACCAAAACACCACUCUACUUCCUAAAUAGUAAAGAUGGCAACCUAAUGAUCUCGAUUAAUUUGUAUGCUAAAAGCUUUCAUAGUUAUCAUAAAGCAUUUCAAAUGUUAUGAUAAAUGUAAUUGUCUUUGGCCUUUAUAAAGUCCCUUUAAUGUAUUUCUCAUAAUGGGUUUUGCUGAAUUUCAUUGCGUUAAGUUUAUUUCGGUUUUGUAUUAUUUGAUUUAACUAUUAAUCUGCUGUCUUGGCCAGAAUAUAUCUCUGACUUUAAAGGGGCCCUGUUUUGUUUUAUCAUAUACACAUGAGAACAGAUGCACAACCAAGAGAGUGAAGAAGAAAGCAAACAUGAAUGUAAACUGUGAGUUAUUUUUUGUAUCAACAUUUAGAAAUUGUUUUUGCGAAUCUUUAAUGAGGACAAAAUCACACAAAAAGUUUGAUGGAUAUCACAAGUACGCAGUGCAUGUUGGUGAGAGAGACACAGAUUUAGGUAUAACAUAUUUUUGGAUAAUACUCUAAAAGAUGCAUUUCAAUAUGGGUUUAGGCUAUAAAAGAGAAGUUGAAUAACUCAUAUUUAGUCAUUUAAGUUGUCAACUUGUGGAUUUAUUUAAAAGUGGAUCCUGGAAAGCACCCACGUAUUCUCUGUACUUGAUGUUAGUAUCAAUUAUGUUGUUCUGUUGUUCACAGUAAAUGUUGUUUUUUUA